CUCACAUCUACAAACGCGUCGGCCAACUACACUGUUCAAACAUAUCUCUGAGUCUCUAAUAGUCUGAUACAGUCCUGCCUUAUCUUCUAGAUCAAUCUCAACGCCUAAAUCCAUCAAGAUGGUUUUAGAGGCUACAAUGAUAAUAAUAGACAAUAGCGAGUCGAGUAGAAAUGGAGAUUAUGUACCGACACGGUUCGACGCGCAAGCCGAUGCUGUCAACCUCAUAUACAACGCAAAAACUGGCGCCAAUCCAGAAUCUUCAGUCGGACUUAUGAGCAUGGGAGGUAAUGGUCCAGAGGUACUAACGACCCUCACCACGGAUAUGGGCAAGAUACUCGAUGGCAUACACCGUACAAAGAUAAAAGGCAACUCGCACUUCAGCACGGGAAUCAACAUAGCCGCACUUGCUCUGAAACAUAGACAAAAUAAGUCGCAGCGGCAGCGAAUCAUCGUCUUUGUGUGUUCCCAGAUAAGCGAGACAGAGAAGGACCUAGUGAAGCUAGCCAAAAAGAUGAAGAAGAACAACAUCAGCAUUGAUGUAGUGGCGUUCGGCGAGCUGACAGACGAAAAUUUAAAAAAGCUUAAUGCAUUCAACGAGAAUGUCAAAGGAGGAGACGGAUCACAUUUGGAGACAGUGCAGCCUGGUCCAAAUUUACUGAGUGACUCAAUUCUGGCAUCACCGAUUCUGGCAGGUGAUGGUGUGGGUGGCUCGAGUGGUGUUGGAGGCGUCGGCUCUGAUGCUGUCGGAGGCGAUAGUAGUCAGUUUGAGUUCGGUGUGAAUCCGGAACUAGAUCCAGAGCUUGCCCUUGCAUUGCGGAUGUCAUUAGAGGAGGAAAAGGCGCGAUUAGAGAGGGAAAAGAAGGCAAAGGAAGCUGCAGAAAAAGAAAAGCUUGAAGGCAUACCUGAGGACGAUGAGCAGCAGCCGCUGUUGAAUCAGAAUGGGGAGCCUAGUGGGUCCAAAGACGACAAAAAGGACAAACACGACGAUGACAAGAUGGACACAGCGUAGCACGAUUUCAAGGGCUAUAGAAUCGAAUCAGCUAUGUACCACGCAUGCGGCGGCGUUCAGGCCCGGAGCAUAAAUGCACCGUUGCGAGAUAUGUUGCCACUAUAGAGCAAAUCUUCAUGAUGUAUAGCCACAGCAAAUUGCAGCGGGUAUAUCCAUUCAUUUUUCCUUGGGACGUGAGAAAUUUCGAUAUGGUUUCGUUGAUGGACAAUUUAUGCAUUCACUGUCCACGUAUUCGCGCGCUUAGAUAUUAGGAAAAGUCGUAGACAUAGACCCACGUUUACUGAGUACUGCUCUGAUAUAGAAGAGAAUUGAAAGACCC